UCAUCACGCAAGCACCUUAUGGAGUCUGGGCAGAAGGGGGCAACAGGGGAGGCAAGAGAGAUUGGGAAGAAGCUCCCCAAAGUGCUAUUAAAGACGUCCUUAGGCGACAUAGUGGUGGAGCUGUAUGCGGAUGAUUGCCCCAAGACUGUGGAGAAUUUCCUCACUCACAGCAAGAACAAGUACUACAAGGGAAUCAUCUUCCACCGAGUCAUCCCAGGCUUCAUGAUCCAGGGCGGAGACCCCACGGGCACGGGGCGGGGAGGCGAGUCCAUCUGGGGCGGCUCAUUCGAGGACGAGAUUCGCCCGCAUUUGAAGCACGAGCCGUUCACUCUCUCCAUGGCCAAUGCGGGCCCUGACUCCAACGGCAGCCAGUUCUUCAUUACCACUGUUGCCACGCCGCACCUCAAUGACCACCACACUGUCUUCGGCUCGGUCAUUAAAGGGAAAGACGUGGUGCAGGCCAUAGAGAAUGUUCAGACAGAUUCCAGUGACCGACCGCUGACAGCUGUUACAAUUCUGGACGUAGAGGUUGACCCUGACACCUGCUGCUGA